AUGACCCUUUUGGGGUUACGAUUGGGUAGCUUGGGGCUACUCGGAGCAUCACGAACCGACUUAUCGAGGCGGAUCAGCCGUCAACCUUGGAUCCGGGCCGUUUCCUUACGCCGUGGCCUUGAGGACAGGUCUAGGAACCUAAAAAGGGUGGAAGACUUGACAACUGAUCCCUCACGCUUUCCCGAAGAGCUGGGAAUGCGCAACAGCCCGAGGAAACGAGGGAUUAGCAGCAAUCCAGCAGCCAGCCAAACGGUCAAAAAGAGGGAGUUCAUUGGCUCAUCCGGUCCUCACGCCGCAAACGAGGAGGGUGUCUCGGAUGGGAAAAUCGACAACCAGCCUUGGGAAACACUCGGGCGGCAGUUUGACGCCACGGAAUGCUGCACGACGUCUAUGGAGCGACGUUGUACGAAACAGACCAGAUAUCCCAGCUCCGUGCUCCAAUGUCUCCGACCGGCCACUGGAGCAGACGACAUCUGGAUGAGGCAGUCGGCCGGCGCUCCAUGGCCCAGUGUCCACCAAUCCCCCAUCAUAGGGUCGCAGGAUGGUUUAUGGGAUGUGCCCAACUCGAGUCUAGUCAUUGGUGGCCAAUCGAAUGGGACGGGGGAGGAUGGUGUGCCCAGGAACGUGAAAGAGUCACUCGAUGAUCUUCUCUUGUCUCCGCCACCCGGUCCGUAG